AUGCUGUGGCCCGGGCUGGCGGCAGCCGAGUGGGCGGCGCUGGCAUGGGAGCUGCUAGGAGCUUCGGUGCUGAUCCUCGCCGUGCGCUGGCUGGUCGGGCGGCUGCUGAAGCGCUCGCGGAGUCGGGACCAUGACGGCGCGCCCUCGCCGCCGCCCCUCAGGGCCGCAGCCGCCCGCCCUGGUGAAGUAACAAUGGACACCCUGUUGGCUCGAUUGAAGCUCCUGAAUCCAGAUGACCUUAGAGAAGAAAUUGUGAAGGCUGGAUUGAAAUGUGGACCCAUUACAUCAACCACAAGGUUUAUUUUUGAGAAGAAACUGGCUCAGGCUUUAUUAGAGCAAGACCAAGCAGUAUCUUCCUUGCUUCCCAACAACAGUGAGGCAACUACUGCAGUGUUCAGCCAGGAUACCCCAAAGAUUCCCACACCCGUGGGAGGGAACUUGACUGAGCAGGCCACUUUUUCUGAAGACAGGGAUUUUGGUUACAGUGUGGGCUUGAACCCUCCAGAUGAGGAAGCUGUGACAUCCAAGGCCUACCCACUGUCCUUCAGCGAUCCUACUGAGAUCAACACCCACAAGGCCGGAGUGACAGCUCCUAAGGAGCCUCUUUUGUACUAUGGAGUGUGCCCAGUGUAUGAGGAUUACCCCAUGAGAAAUGAAAGAAUCCAUGUUUAUGAAGAUAAAAAGGAAGCAUUGCAAGCUGUUAAAAUGAUCAAAGGGUCCCGGUUUAAAGCAUUUCCAACCAGAGAAGAUGCUGAGAAAUUUGCUAGAGGAAUUUGUGAUUAUUUUCCUUCUCCAAACAAAGCUACAUCACCACUUUCUCCUAUGAAGGUAGUGCCACUCUUUGGCAGUGGUGGCUUGAAAGAUGGUUUGUGCACGUCCGAAUCAGAAACUGUAAGCAAAGAACGGGCAAACAGUUAUAAAAACCCUCGCACACAAGAUCUUACUGCCAAGCUACGGAAAGCUGUGGAGAAAGGGGCCGAAGACGCUUUUUCUGAUCUUAUCUGGAAUAAUCCACGGUAUCUAAUUGGUUCUGGGGACAACCCUACCAUUGUACAAGAAGGAUGUAGGUACAAUGUCAUGCAUGUUGCUGCUAAAGAAAACCAGGCUUCCAUGUGCCAACUGACAUUAGAGACUCUGGAGAACCCUGAGUUCAUGCAGCUCAUGUACCCAGACGAUGAUGUUGGCAUGCUGCAAAAGCGCAUCCGUUACAUUGUUGACCUGUAUCUGAAUACUCCUGACAAAGUGGGUUAUGAUACACCAUUGCAUUUUGCUUGUAAAUUUGGGAAUGUGGAUGUGGUCAGUGUGCUCUCUUCACACCCUUUGAUUGUGAAAAACCCAAGGAAUAAAUAUGGUAAAACACCUGAAGAGGUAAUUUGUGAAAGAUGCAAAAACAAACCUGAGGAACUGAAACAGAGAAUUAGAGAAUACUUAAUGGGUCACUACUAUGUGCCACUUCUGAGAGCAGAAGACACUUCUUCUCCUGUCAUUGGGGAGUUAUGGUCCUCAGACCACACAGCUGAAGUCUCACAUGCUCGCCAAUGUGGAGGCAGCCCCAGAGACCCUGUGCUAACCUUAAGGGCCUUUGUAGGGCCCCUGAGUCCAUCCAAGGCAGAAGAUUUUCGCAAACUCUGGAAAACUCCACCUCGGGAGAAAGCUGGCUUAUUCCACAAUGUCAGGAAGUCUGACCCAGAGCGAGGCAUUGAGAGAGUAGGAAGGGAACUAGCUCAUGAGCUGGGGUAUCCCUGGGUUGAAUACUGGGAAUUUCUGGGCUGUUUUGUUGACCUGUCUUCCCAGGAGGGCCUGGAAAAACUAGAAGAAUAUCUUGUCCAGCAGGAAAUAGGCAAAAAGGUUCAUCAAGAAACAGGAGAAAAUGAACCCUGCUCUCAAGACAGAGCCUCAGCCUUAGGCAGUGGGAAGAAGCAUAGCAAUUCCAUUUCUGUGGGAGCAUUUUUAGAUGAGGAUGAUGACAUGAGCUUGGAAGAAAUUAAAAAUCGGCAGAAUAAAGCUCAAAAUCAGAGUCCGUCCACAAUCAAUGCUUUCCAAAACUCCAAGUGUGGCACCCUUCCCUUGGAACAGAAUGUGAACUGUGGAGAAGCCUCACAAGAGCACUUCCCCGAUGGCAGCAGAAAUGGGCUUUGCUAUUCACUGAGUCACACAACCCCUGACAGUAGAGGACCAGAGGCCCCCAGUGUGGAGGAACCUGUUUUACCACCUGUCUCUGGUUUGACUCUUGAGUUUGAUGAACUGAAUCUAGAAGGUAGCCUUUUUGAAACACCAAAUAAAAGUAGGAAAACUAAAGGUAAGAUUCUCCUGACUUCAAGAAAGGAUGAGGAAGGUAGUGACUUGUUGACACUUCCUCCUGUUACAGACAGACUAGGAAAUAACCAAAUCAGGAUCAACAGCAAGCUGUCAGCAGGAAUGGCUAUGUCUUUGGGUUCCAAAAACUCCCGGCCUGGUGUCCAGGCUGGCUUGGAGCCAGUGUCCUUACCUGCCACAGGGGACUCCACUAAGCAGCUCUUCCUUUCUGGAGAGGAGCCGACAAAACUAGACCGGGAUGUUUUGGCAGCUCUCGAUUGUGCAUGUGUUGACCCUGGUCAAUAUCCAGCUAUCCACAGGUGGAAGAGCGCUGUCCUGUGCUACUCUCCUUCAGACAGACAGAGUUGGCCAAGUCCUGCACUGAAAGGAAAGUUCUCGUCUCAACUGCCAGAUCUUGGUUACCCUCGAAGCUGCAGUCCGGGACUAAGUGGUUCUGCUGGCAGCAGCCCCAUCAAGCCUGGCCAUACAACCUCUUCCCCAGUCUUGGGCAGCCCUGGACGGCGUUACAGCCCUGCACACGGAAGCCACCUCCGCAGGAUGGCACACAUGGCCCAGCUUGCAGCUCUGUAGACUUAGUCAGUGCUCACCCUUAGGUAGAGCUUGUUUCCUUCAUUUUUAAAGGAAGAGUAAUAUGUUUAUUGGUAAAAAUCCACAAAAGAGUUUAUUCUAAAUAACUUAUUAAUCUUCAUUUUGAAGGUAUAAGAAUUGUAAAAAAUACAAAUGUUCUAAGUACAAUUUAAAGUUCUUAUUUUUUGGAAGAAGUUAAUGAAAGCCAAGAUUCCACAGCAGCUGAUGGACAGGGGGAGCUAUCACCUCCCAGACCUGAGCAUAUGCUGAGUUGCGGUGCUUAUAGGUAGCUUUGCAGCACCUCACUUUUUCCAAAACAGAUGAAUCAUGCAUUGUCUGGUCUUCUCCUGGGGAGCAGCUUUCUGCUGUAGGAUGGCAAAACCUGUGUACUUGUCAUUUGAUCCUAGUUGUUUUGACAGUGAGAGGGCAGGUGGCAGGAAGCAAGUGGGCUCUGACCGUCUCAGAAUUGCAGCAAUGCUCAAAACAUUGUCAGAAGAUAAAAGUACUUUUAGUUUGGGGGCAAAAAAAAAAAAAUGGUGUAGCAAUUUUGAAGUCAUGCAAAUAGUCAAAGAACUCACCAGCAAUAAUUAUUUCUUGCCAGCUGUUCUAUGUGCUUUGCUUAGUGGCCAGAAAUUGUUCGCUAGUUUUAAAAUGUUUCCCAAGGAUUCAUUGAGCAUAACAACUUUUAUAGAACUACAAUACAGAACCUGGAUGUUUGAGUUCAUUUCAUUUGCUUGUGCUGUUUAUUGCAGUCUAUUUUAGCACUGUCCCUGAGAGAUCUGCAGGUUGUGGGAGCACCUGGAACUGCACACCCCAAAGUACCCAGGAUAAAACCAUCUUUCUGAAGGUGGAUCCUGGCUACUUGGCACCAGCUAUUCACACAUAGUGCUUUAUCCAAAGUGAAAAACUAUACUACUGCUUUGGCCAACUUCAGUAUCUUUUGUAAGUCAUUCUUAAUUUUCCUGAAUUUAGUUUUUGAGAAUAUAAAAUGGCAGUGGGAAUAACAAUGUGUAAAAAGAAAAGGAAGAAAAAAGCUUAAGUCUUUCAUGUGAUAAGAAAUGGGAGGCCAGCCAGGCGUGAUGGCACAUGCCUUUAAUCCCAGCAGAAGUAGGAGGAUCACUGUGAGUUUGAGGCCACCUUGAGAGUACAUAGUGAAUUCAGGUCAGCCUGGGCUAGAGCGAGACUCAACCUCGAAAAAAAAGAAAAAAAGAAAGGAAGAAAUGGGAGACCAAGUGUGGUGUCGCAUGCCUCCCAGCACUUGGGAGGAGAGGUAGGAGGAUCACUGUGGGUUUAAGGCCAGCCUGGACUAUAGCAAAACCCUACCUUGAGGGAAAAAAAAUAAUAAUAAAGAAAAGAAGUGGGUCAGGAGUAUUGUAAUCAAUAUGAGGCCUUGUUCUGUAUAUUUUUCAUCAGUACUCAUAUAGAAAUUAAAGUACUGUUUUUGCCCUUA